AUGCAUUUUCAUAGAAUACUAAGGACCAAUUUUUAUCAAAUACGAUGUCUAUCGUUGAAAACUAGACCUCCAAGAUCCAUAAAACUAGGACAACCUACAUAUGAAACAAGAUCUCAUAUUAUACCAAAACCAGGCAAUCUAACGCCAGGCGUAUCAGCUUUAGAAUAUUAUCAAAGAAGAUUAAAAUUAGCAUCAAAAUUGCCAGUAAAUUCAUUAGCUAUAGUAUUAGGUAAUACCACUAAAUUCAGUUCAGGUUCAGUAUUUUAUGAAUUUCAACAAGAUAAUAAUUUAUACUACUUAAGUGGUUGGUUAGAACCUGAUUCCAUAUUAGUGAUUGAGAAAAAAUCAGACAUAGGAAAUGAAGAUGAUGUUGUAUUUCAUAUGUUAGUACCUCCAAAAAAUGAACAUCGUGAAUUAUGGGAAGGUUCAAAAUCUGGUUUGGAAGGUGCUUAUGAUUUUUUCAAUGCUGAUUUAGUUGAAGAUGUUAGUAAAGCAGCUACAUAUAUUAAGAAUUUAAUGAAAACUAAUAAAACAGUGUAUUAUGAUAAUAAAUAUAAUAUUGAUUUAAAACCUGCUUCAACAAAACUGUUUUUCAAUUUUGGUGGUGGUGAGAAAUUUUAUGGAUUAAAUGAAGUUAUAUUGGGUUCGGGGAAAGUUAUUAAUCCUUUGAAUAAAUUAAUUGCCGAAUUAAGAAGUGUUAAAUCAUCAGCAGAAAUUGAAGUUAUGCAUGCAGCUUGUCAAAUCUCAAGUAGAGCUAUAAAUAAAGCAAUGGGUCAAGUUAGUACCAAAAACCUAUUUCAAACUGAAAAGACUUUGGCUAAAUAUUUAGAUUAUCAAUUUGUGAAAGGUGGUUGUGAUAAACAAGCUUAUAUACCAGUAGUGGCUAGUGGGUCUAAUGCAUUAUCUAUACAUUAUACUAGAAAUGAUGAUUUAUUAUAUCAUGAUGAAUUGGUUUUUAUAGAUGCUGGUGGGAAAUUAGGUGGUUAUUGUGCUGAUAUUUCAAGAGCUUGGCCAAAUUAUAAAAGAGGGUUUAGUGAACCACAAAGAGAUUUAUAUGAAGUUGUUUUAGCAACUAAUAAAAAAUGUAUUGAAUUAUGUGAUGAAAGUUUAAAUUAUUCAUUACAUGAUAUACAUGAAUUUUCAGUUAAUUCAUUAAGAAAAGAAUUACAAAAUAUUCCAGGUUUUGAUAAUUUAAAUAAUCAAGAUAUUUCAAGACAAUUAUAUCCUCAUUAUAUUGGACAUCAUUUAGGUUUAGAUUUACAUGAUGUACCUCAAAUUUCAAGAUUUAAUAAAUUAAAAGAAGGUAAUGUUAUAACUAUUGAACCUGGUCUUUAUAUACCAUUUGAUGAUAGAUGGCCAAAACAUUUCCAAGGUAUUGGGAUAAGAAUAGAGGAUGAUAUUGUUGUUGGUAAAUCAAAUGAUGAAAUUAUUAAUUUAAGUAGUGGGUGUGUUAAAGAAAUUUCUGAUAUUGAAUCUUUAAUUCAAGGUGGGAUUUCAACACCUGGGGUUGAUGAUGAAUUGGUGGUACUAGACAUUUAA